AUGGAGCCACCGGCGCGGGCAAUUCGCUUUCUGCCACGGCUCGUCAGUCUGCCCCCCAUUGGCGCCGUCAGCCCUCCCGUCUCGUGCCGAGCUGCUGCCAUCCACACAUCGUCCGCCACCACCGCAAAGGUCGUCCCCAUUUACGGCACCGGGCCACCGCCAGAGCCACCCGCCCCGAGCGAGGCCUAUCCCGAUGCCAGGAUCGCGCGACGGAAGAGACAGGCUGAGAUGCUGCGCCAGGCGCAGGAUCUUCGCACGGCGAAGGGCAUGGCAGCUGCGAGGGGCGGGAAGAGCAGUCCCUUGAAGAAGAGGUUCUGGCAGGACGUGCAUGUCAAGGAGGUCGACGGUGCGUAUCAAGUUCACCUCGACGCCAGACCGCUCCGACAUCCGAAUACCAAAGCCAUCGUGCGCAUCCCGCUCUCCAAGCCACACCUGGCCCACGCCGUUGCCCUCGAGUGGGACUUCCUCACCUCCGCCCAGCAGGCCACCAUGCAACACCUCAUCCCCCUAACGAGCCUCGUCUGCCGCGCCAUCGACAUCGCCGACGACGACGCCGCCCACGCCUCCAAGCCGGCUUCGGAGACGAAGGACGGCGUGUUCGCGCCGGUCCGCACCGCCAUCGCGACCAUGCUGCUGCGCUAUCUCGACACAGACUCGCUGCUCUGUUGGGCACCUGAGUCCGACUCGCUGUCGUUCCACACGGACCCAGAGACAGGCGACUCGCUGCGGUCGCGGCAGGAGCGGGUGGCCGGCGAGAUCGUGCAGUUCCUGACGAGCGAGGUGUGGCCGGGCGUGGAGAUUGAGCCGGUGCUGGACAGCAGCAGCAUCGUUCCGCGGGGCCAAAAGCCCGGUGUCCGCGAGGUCGUGCAGGGCUGGGUCAUGGGCCUCGAGCCGUGGGACCUGGCUGGCGUGGAGCGCGCUGCCCUAGCAGGGAAGGGCCUCCUCGGGGCCAUACGGCUGGUUGUCGAGUGGAGCGAGGGAAGUGCUGGGAGGGCCCUUGGACUCGGCAAGAGUGGUCAAGCCAUAGAAGGGGACGAUGCGACCAGGUUUGGCGUUGAAGAGGCUGCUAAAGCGGCGAGUGUGGAGGUUGAGUGGCAGACAAGCAGGUGGGGAGAGGUUGAAGAUACCCAUGACGUAGAAAAGGAGGAUUUGAGAAGACAAUUAGGGAGUGUAGUACUGCUAGUUACUGGGACGGGCUCGGGCAAGCAUUCCCAAUGA